AUGAAACCAAACACUUCGCAGAAAGCCACCGCCGCUGAAACCCCUUCUCCUUCAUCUUCGAACGUCAACCCCGAAUAUCGCGAGAUAAAAGCCAAGUUUGCUAAGCUCUUAGCUGAAGAGGAGGCUAAACGUGCUGCCGCGGGAGAGAAACCUCUGCGCGCAAAGAAGCCGGUAGCGAGCCAGUCCGAGCUUGCCAAAAAGGCAAAGGAGCAGGAUGAUAAGCGGAACAAGGAGAAGGAGAAUGAGUUCAAGGUCCAGCAUCUAGGCAUAUUGCUGUUACUCGGGUGGUUCGGCCUUGUACAUAUAAUAGGGAUAUACUUCUUUACCAAAGGGUUCUUAUUAACUAGGCUGGUGCUAGAAGAUAAAUCCCAAUGUGACGUUCUACCGCUACAAGACGUUCCCGAUGCCAUUGCGCCGGCGGACCUGGGCAUCGACGCUCCCAAAGAUGGCGCCGGAAAGGGCUGUUGGCAUCCCAAGACAUUCGAUAAAGCCGUGGUGAUCAUCAUCGAUGCACUACGAUACGACUUCACCGUUCCCCCAAAGACCAUGACUGAAGGCGAGACUCCUCGUCUGUACCACAACAAUAUCCCCGUGUUUUACGAUACCGCGGUCAAUUCGCCGAAUGAUGCGUUUCUUCUUCCGUUCAUUGCUGACCCACCUACCACUACCUUACAGCGUCUCAAGGGGCUAACCACCGGUACACUACCCACGUUUAUUGAUGCGGGAUCGAACUUUGCUGGAACUGCAAUUGACGAGGAUAAUAUCAUUGCGCAAUUGAAAUCCGCUGGGAAACGUGUCGUGCAUCUAGGGGACGAUACCUGGCACGCACUAUUCCCUGGGUACUUUGAAGAAGAACUUACACACGCAUAUGACUCGUUUAAUGUGUGGGAUCUCUUUACCGUUGACAAUGGAGUCACCGAGCACAUCUUUCCCUUGCUACAUGCAGACAACUCAUCGAAAUGGGACGUGUUGAUUGGCCAUUAUCUUGGUGUGGAUCAUGCCGGUCAUAGAUAUGGGCCAGACCACCCUGCGAUGGCUGACAAGCUGGCUGAAAUGGACGGCCUUAUCCGUAAAGUGAUGGGUACAAUCGAUGAUCGGACUCUACUGGUUGUAAUGGGCGACCAUGGAAUGGACCCCAAAGGUGAUCAUGGCGGCGAAUCUGAUGAUGAAAUCGAGGCUGCACUGUGGAUGUACUCGAAGAAGGGCGUUUUUGGCAGAGUGGGUGACAACACCCUACUACCCCCCAUGACAGCAAAGGAGCGUCCAAUCCCUCAAAUAGACCUAGUUCCUACCCUGUCGCUGCUCCUUGGACUACCGAUUCCAUUUAAUAAUCUUGGAUCUCCAAUUGAAGAAGCCUUUGCUGGUAAAACAGGCCAGGACUUCCGCAACCUUGCAGCCGUUAAUCGAUUGGCUUCCGCGCAAAUCAAACGAUAUCAAGAUGAGUACUCCAAGGCCCGCGGAAACGAGGCGGUCCAAGCAUUAAACCCGCUUUCAAAGUGGUCCGAUGCCGAGGAAAGUUGGAACAACAUCCAUGCCACUGGGCAGAAUGACGACCUUGCCUACCAAGCAACCUACAGUACAUACCGGGAGUAUCAACGUCUUACACUCUCUGUAUGUAAGGGCUUGUGGGCCAAAUUUGAUAUCCCUAGCAUGGCCCAAGGAAUCGCCAUCCUUGUUGCAGGCGUGGCAUUGCUAUUGUACUAUGCUCGCGCAAUCCGGGGUCAUCGAACGGACAUUACAUACCUUGCGCUCCGGAAAAUCGGGUAUGGUUCCUUAGCUGGAAUUGGCGGUGGUGCGAUAUUAAAGGCCAGCCUCGCGUUGGAUAUGCAUAUUGCUGAAAGCAUAGCACUUGGGUGUGUUACAGGCGGUGUCAUAUCAGCAGCCUCACUGAUAUUCAAAAGUCAGAAGACUGUUGGCACCGUUCUGCCAAAAUCCCUGUGGGGAUGGGGAAUGUUUAUUUUCACCAUCGCCCAAUCUGUUGGGUUUGCUUCAAACUCUUACACCAUUUGGGAGGAUCAGAUACUUCUGUUCUUCCUUACAACCUUCGGUGUAUUUGCUGCCAUUUCUUCAUUGAGGCAGCAAGCUACGGCAGAUAGAGUCCUCGGGUUCUAUCACUCCAUUGUUUUCGUAUUGCUGGGAAGGCUUGCCUCGAUGUCCAAGCUCUGCAGAGAAGAACAAAUGCCUUACUGCCAGUCAACUUACUAUGCCUCCAACAAUUCCUCCACCUCUUCCCCUUUGCAAUUGCUCAUUCCUUUCUUCUUAUCUCUGCUUCUCCCAGCUGUGAUUCGUUCCUAUUACCAAGGGACAAAGUCAUACGAAGGCUCGGCUAUCUUCUGGAUCGGUUUCGCACUUCGAAUGGGCCUCCUUUUAGUUGCGAUAUACUGGACACUCGAUGCUGCAGAUGACGGGAACUGGUUUGCCAUCCAAAAAGACCAUAUGAAAUCAGCACGUAUGAUAUUGGCUCAGGUGGUACUCGCCAUCGCGUUUGCUGCUGGGUCUACAACGUUUGCGUGGGCUAAACCAUGUGUCAGUAUUGGCGUCACUCCCCAGAGCAGUCAAUCCGGUGAAGCCAAAACAUCCGUAACAAUCCUAGGCUACGCAAAUGUAUACGGCACCCGUUACUUCCUGCUCCUGGUCAAUUUUACUCUGGCUAUAAUUUUGCUUCAGAAGCCAAUGGGCGGAGGCGCUGUGGGCCUCCAGAUCUGGCAAAUCCUCUCGCUCAUGGAGAUUUUGGAUACAAAUAAUCUUACUACUACCAACUCUGCGACAGGUCCUGUGGUUCUCGCGCUCCUAGGCUCGUUCCAUUAUUUCACAACGGGCCAUCAAGCGACUCUCAGCAGCAUCCAGUGGGAGACUGCGUUCAUCCCGCUCAAAACUGUCCAGUACCCGUGGUCCCCUAUUCUUGUGACCUUGAAUACGUUUGGACCCCAAAUCUUAUCCGCCAUUGCUGUCCCACUCACCGUUCUCUGGAAACGGCCGAUUGAGUCGCGCGUAAACUCCAAGCUCCCGACCAAUAUGCCAACAGCUUCAUCCCCAGCCCCAACGCAGGGCGAUCCACAAAAGGCCUCUAAGCAAUCUUCUCCUGCCAACAAACUUCUGAGUGACGUUGCACAAGCAACAGCAACUCACAUGCUGUACUAUGCCACUAUCAGCUUAGCCACGACUAUGUGGGCUGGCUGGCUCAGGAGACAUUUGAUGUUGUACCGCAUCUUCUGCCCGCGAUUUAUGAUGGGUGCUGCCAUCCUGGCUGUUGUUGAUAUUGCGGCUAUCUGCCUCGCGGCUGGCGGUGUACGAUGGAGCACACUCAGUGUGGGAGAAAUCUUUGGAUGGGCAUGA